GCAGCCCGGCCCUCCUUUUUUUUGUAUGUUUCUUCUGGAAUGUGUUGAGGAGGCCACAUGAAGCAAGUACGCGCGCGGCCAAGAGAAAUCGAAUGCCAACGAUAGAUGGAGGGGGUGGUUGUCGUGUUCUUUAUUGCAACCUUUGAUUGAUAAUGGAUCGACAGAAAAGGAAGUCAGAAAUACAGAAAGCCUUGACAUUCAUGCAAUCUUCCUUACCUUUCCCUGAACCACUGGAAUAUCAGACAUUUUUACAUCAGUUGAUACGGAACUUGCUGGAGGAGGGCAAUGACUUGUACCGAGAAGGGGACUAUAAACAGGCUGUAGCACAAUACACAGAAGGUGUCAGUGUCGUGGAGUAUGCUGAAUCUGACUCCCUGGCCAUUUCUUCAGAGAUGCUGGAACAUCUCUUUGUUAAUAGAGGAGCAGCCUAUUUCCAGCUGGGUUUGUUUCAAAAAUCCAUUGAAGAUUGUGAUGCUGUGAUCAAACUGAACAAUAGUAAUGCAAGAGCUCUGUAUCGCAAAGCUAGAGCUCUCAAGGAGCUCGGUCAGGUGAAGGAUGCUUAUGAAAGUAGUACCCGCUGCCUUUUAACUGUUCCUCAUGAUGAACAGGUGACUGCAUUGGCUCAGGAACUUGCAAGUAUGCUUGGGCUUAAGAUUCGUAAAGCUUACAUUGGACCUCAGAGUCUUCAGGGAUCACCAGGGGUCACUAGCAAUGGGGAAGCAGUGUUGCCUUCUGGAGAGGACACUACCAAUGGUGUACAGUGUCUGGAUGACAUUGCAGCAGUUCCAGAGUCAAGUGCUCAGUGUAUCCCGGCUCCUCUUGCUACCUCCAUACCAGUCAGUGAUGAUCCCUCUCCAUCCUCUCCUGAUCUGGAGGCAUCCAAAAGCACACAGUCUGGGGCACCGGGUGUGCCCUACUCUGUCCCAGAGAGCAUUGACGAUUUAGUGGAUGGGGAAGUGAUAGGAGAAGAGCUGGAUAAUCUGUUGGAUUCUAUGUCCAAGAGCCAGGAUAUCCCAGUGGGCACUGCAGUCCAAGGACCAAUACCAACCAACCUGCCCAGCACAGUAGCUCGUCUCAUCCCCAUUUUUCCAGGUGGUGUGACAGCUGUGCUGCCCUCAGUAAUGCCCCAAAAUAUGCCCCCUCCAUCCACACAGUUGCCCCCUGCCUUUUUCACCUCAGUUGGCAAUAAACUGAACACUCUGGACUCCUUUGAUGUGUCUGGUGCAAGCCCCAGUUCCAAUACCAAGCUUGACUCACUAGAUACAUUUGAUGCUGCUGGAGGAUCAAUGGGGACCAGCAGGAUUGUAGCAGUGGGUAUUGGUCUUGAUUCUCUGUCCGAGUUCAGUGUACCAGGAUCACCAGCUCAAGCAGUCCUGAGAAGUGCAUCUCAAUCCGGAGGGCAAAUCUUCCAUACCAGUUUGGGUGCUCUGCCUUCUAACGGCCCUGGCUUGGUACCUUCACAACAGCCUCUUCCUGGGGCGGGCUCCUCUGGAGUGUCCCUGCUUGCCAAAAACCCUCUGUCUGACACCCACGAGUUCAGACAGGCCUGUCCUACCUGCUUCAUCAAGACAGGUCCCAAAGCCAUGGACUACACAUACAAGCCAGAUGUUGGUCAUAAAUGCAAGAAAGACAUGUUACUGUGUCGAAUAAAAGAGAGUGAAGAUCAGAGCUGGAAGAGAAUCCGUCCUCGACCUGCUAGGAACAAUUUUUUAGGAUCAUUUGUACUGUGCAAAGAGAUUCAGAGCAAGCAGGAAUGCAAAUAUGGUGAGAAUUGCACAUUUGCAUAUUGUCAAGAGGAGAUUGACGUCUGGACACAGGAGAGGAAGGGGGCACUCAACCGUGAGCUGCUUUUUAACCCUCUUGGUGGCAGUGAGAGAAGGAACCUUACUGUAUCUAGACUGCUGCAAACCCACCAAGGGAUGUUCAUGUUCCUCUGUGAGGAGUGCUUUGAUAGCAAGCCCCGCAUCAUAAGCAAGCGCAGCAAGGACAAUCUGGCAGUGUGCUCUAAUCUGUCUGCCAAGCAUCUUUUUGAUAUGAACAAGUGCCUGGUUCAUGUGGUGCGAUCCACCACUGUACGCUACUCCAAAGUCCGCCCCUUGCAUCCCCUCUGCCAGUUUGAUGUCUGCCGGCAUGAAGUCCGUUAUGGCUGCCAGCGAGAAGACAGCUGCUCUUUUGCUCACAGCAUUGUGGAGCUGAAGACGUGGGUACUGCAGCAGGACUCUGGGAUCACACAUGAGGAGAUUGUGCAGGAAUCCAAAAAAUACUGGCAACGUUUGGAACAGGGUGCCCAGCGCCGUAAGCCUACACAUUCAGGAGUCUCUGCUAGUUGUCGGCAGCCUCGCAACUUGAACUUGAAGAUGAAGUUUGUUUGUGGGCAGUGCUGGAGGGACGGCCAGGUUAGUGAGCCAGACAAAGAGCUCAAAUACUGCACUGCUAAAGCCCGACACAGCUGGACAAAAGAACGGCGUGUGCUGUUGGUGAUGUCUUUCGAGCGCAAGAAGUGGGUGGUGGUCCGACCCUUGCCCUUUUCCCGGGCUUUCCCGCAGCAGUAUGAUAUGUGUGUCCAUGUGGUUAAAGAAAAGAAGUGCCACUACAUUGGCAAGUGUUCAUUUGCACACAGCCCUGAAGAAAGAGAUGUUUGGACCUACAUGAAGGAUAAUAACAUGAGGGACAUGCAGCAGAUGUAUGACCUUUGGCUGAAGCUAACCAACCAGAAUCGCCAGGCUGAUGGAACCCUGCUCACCACCGAGCCAGAAGAGAAGCAAAUAGUUAUGCCCACAGAUUAUGCUGAGACUAUGAGUGGGUUCCAUUGUCGACUGUGUGGAAAAAACAGCAAUAGUGAACGACAGUGGCAGCAGCAUAUCUCUUCGGAGAAGCACAAGGAGAAGGUUUUCAGCAGUGAUGGGGAGGAGAAUGUGACCUGGAAGUUCCGCUUCCCUGGGAAAAAGUUUGAAAUAUGCGAUAAGCUAGCAGAUGGCUCCUGUUCAGCUGGCUCCAGUUGCGAGGCAGCUCACAGCUCAGAGGAGUUGGCAGAGUGGCAAGAAAGGCGCGACUUCCUGAGAAAAAAGCUGGCCAGGGCACGGGAUGACAUGCUGAUUGCUCCAUCUGACACCGACUUUGGCAAAUAUAACUUUCUGCUCCAGGACUGAGCUUGUAAAAUUUUUUUUUUUUGCUGCCCACCCACCGCCCCCAACCCAAUUUCCUCUCUUUUUCCUCUGUUUGCUUCGUUAAGAUGCAUGUACACACUUGUUGUGUCACACCCCCCACCCCAAACAUAAUAUGCCGAUGGGUGGUGAGAUGGUCGGAUUUUCUCUAGUCAUCCUGACACCCUCUAUGCGUUUUUUGAGCGAGCUACCACGCUCCAGUUUUCAGCAGUUUGAGUAGAAGUGUCCUUAAUUACAGCACGAAUGCAAUUAGACCGGAUGUACUGUUUUAGCCCAACGAGCUAUGAUGGCGAGAUGCACUUCCAGUAUUCAGACUCUGACACUUCCUGCUUUUCUGUUUGGUGGCCUGGCAUAGUCUGUGUUUGCCACAGAGGGUGGACAUUUCUGGAGAUAGAGAACUCUAUACCUUUUGUGAGUUUUGGUUGCUGGCAUGCCAAAAGUUUAAAAGGUGUGUGUGCUUUUUUUUUUUUGUUUGUUUUUUUUAAUGUUGCAGUUUUAUUUGUUUAGAUAUAUAAUUGUUCCUAGUUGGGCUUAAAAAGAAAAUAUGAGAACAAGUAUGGUCUUACAACGUAAGGCUUUGGUGAUCGAUUACCCUUUGAACAGAAGUUCAUAAAAUGAAGUACUACUAGACUCCGUUCCACAGCUUUAAUACUGACAAUUGUCAUGAGAGGCUGUGCAGCCUCUUCUUCCAGAACGCCACCCUGGUAGAAACAUUUCAUCAAUCAGUGUAGAUGGAAAACUGACACACCUAACUGUGCCAUUUUCCCAAAAUUACUUCUCUCUCUCUCUCUCUCUCUCUCUAUAGAUCAUGUGGUUUACACUGAAUUUUACCAUAAAGCAUUUGGAAUUAAAUUUCUGACUGUUGCAACCAAGAAUUGUUUGAUAUCAUGGUCUUUUCUGCAAUUUCUAAGAGAUUUUGUUAGCAAAUGCGGAGAGUGAGAUGGGCCAUUUCAGUUGACUGACACUUUUUAUUUUUUAAUAUACCCUCAAUCAAUUAUUGUAGAGCCCAAUUCUGGUGUGUUUGUGUUUUGUUUUUUGUUGUUGUUUUGUUCUUGCUGAUUUCCUCAAUGACUCGGUUGUGGAUUUGGGUGGACACAACGGCACAACUAAUUAGUGUCCAAUCAGAGUAACUUUAUUUCCACUACUGAAGCAGGUUAUAAGAUAAUUUGUGGUCGGUAGUGCAGUGCACCUCAAACAACUGGUUGGCUGUUUAUAAAACCCCUCUUCCCUUCAUUUUGUCAGCUGGAUGGAAACAGCGUUAACAGGUUAAAAUCACCAAUAAUAACCACAGCCGGAUUGCCCAAUAGAGAAACCAUAAAGGAAUUUUCUAAUUUGUUGUUUGUUUUGACAGAUGUUCACCAUUUGAUUUAUAUUUGACAUUCUUCUUAAUGUGUUUUUGAAAGUCUUUUAAUCAGUAGUCCCAAAAAGAGAUAAUGUUAUUUGUGUUUGUGUGCAAAUUAAUGAAUCUCUUUAACCACCGAGUUGAGAAAGGAGUCCUUGCCAUUGCGUAGUUGGACUUUUCACUCUGAAUGUGGCUGUUGUUAUUUGUGGUUGCCAUUAGCCUGCACCUGUGAAUAGGCUGAAUUUUAUUUUGAAGGUCGGAAAAGAUACGCUCUUUUGUCUGAAGCUAUAUCUUGCCAGUUGUGUUUAUUCAGAUCAGAUUUAUAAAGAUGACAGCCUCGAGUAUAAAAAUUUUCAUUGAAAUGGAUGAUUCUCAGCAGACAUUCGGGAUGAAUCCCAGAUUAUUAAUAUUCAUUAUUUUUUUGUUAACCUAUUUCAGAAAAACCUAAUCCAACAGUUCAUUUUGAUGUCAUUUGGCAUUUCCAAAUUUGGUAAUUACAACAUACGGUGUAUACAAAGAAACACCACGUUGAUGAAAGCUUGAGGACCUUUUCUUUAUUUAGUCUUUAGAAAAAUAGUAAGUAUAAUUCUCAGUUAAUGGGUAUUCGUGAAGACUUUUCUUGUGAGAUGAUAGUAGUUAACAUCGCUCCCUUUCUUGUUAAGAAUAAAAGAGAGAUAUAUGUAUAUGUGUUUAACUAUUAACUGUUUUGUCUUACUCCUCUUUUUGAACUCAGGGGCGCUCGGUGUUUCUCCAUUUCUUUGGUAUCUUCGCACUUGCCAGUUGUGCUGUAUAGUACGAGUACGUGUCCGUACCCACACUGCUCCUCCCUACACCCACAGUCAGGGUUAUGCUGGCAAGUAUUUUAUGUCUCCCGUUCUUUUCUUAGUAGAAGUUUUUCUAGUGAUCUUGCUACCUGUAAAGAAUUUUUAGCUGAAGAAAAUCAUUUUUGAUACACAGAAGAACUCUGAAUACUAGGCUAGAAAUUGGGUGGCUUUCCUAAUGCUUUCAAGGUGCAUACACACUUCGUUCCUUUUUACCGUACCUCUUGUGUCAAAACUUAGGGUGCUUAAAAGAGGUCUUGGAGGGCCAUGUUGGCUGCAAACAAUUUCUUAAUGAGGGAUAGGAUUGCUGUCUUUCACCAAUAGCCACAUUUAAUCAAACCCCUCAUUUACUAAAGAUGAAUAUUCCACAGCCAUUUUGGUAAAACGGAUAAUAGUAGUAGUAAGGGUCAACAUUACAAAACCAGGCUGCACAAAAGAUGAGACGAUAUUGCCAUAUUUGAUUAAUUCUUCAUCCGUACUUAUUCGAAGAAAUAAAUGAACCAAUAUGUUCUGUUAAUCACAAAUGCAAAAGUACAGGUUAAGAAGUGAUGGGGGCAAUGAAAACACACAGCAUUUGUAACUCUCCAUCAUUACAAUUUGAGCCCCCAUCUAAACUUCACACACUCGUUUCUCUGUGUACGUGUUAAACUGAGCGUGGUGCCUCAUUGUAAGCUACUACAGAGUUUGCAGUGCCUUUUUUUGUGUAUUUUUGUUGAUUCUGCCUGCUCACUGAAAUUUUAGGCCCGAAAGACGACUCAUGGGAUAAAACGUGGCAAACUUCUCAAAAAAUGUUGACUUGAAUCAUUUUUCUUAAGAAAUGUACAGUUUGAAAAUGCAGUGCGUGUGUUGAAAUGAUUUGAACAGGCUAUGCAUCCUUGUGUCAUGCAGCCUUGACUAAACCACAUUUUGGAAACAGUGGCGUUUCCUGUAGUCCUUAUAUCUGUUUGCUUUGUCCUGCAAUAAAACUUGGCCAUCUCCCCCCCAAGUCAUAUGUCUCUUUUCGUAGAGGGCGUGUGGUUGCAAAAGAAACGAGUAAAAACUAAAUUCCUCUUUAUGUUAGUUUACUUGGAUUUGUCAGAUGCAUUGUUGUCAACUGAUGUUGAGUAGUUUUCUUUAUUUUAAUUUUCAGAGCCAAAGUGAAAGGAAGAUGACUUGGUAAACUCACUGAGAUUUGUUUUUCUUUUUGUUUUAUUUAAUUAUUUUAUAAGAUCAAAAUAACAUCUGAUAUUAUCCAUUUUUAUUAGUGGUUUUGUAUGUUUUACAAAAUGAUAUGAACAAAUGGGGGGAAAAAAAAAAACUACCUGAAAGUGUCAAUGGCAACUUUUCUUGUUGUAUAUGUAUAAAACAAGAAAAUGACAGCUAAAUAAUAAAUGUCUAAAUGAAUAUCCAAUAAUGUCUAUAAUACUCAGUUUCCUCUUACUGCCCUCCUUGUCAGCUUUUCUUCAGUAUUCUUUGGUUUCUCCCAGCAUUGCUUUCAUCUUUUUAAGUUUUUUUUUUUAAAAAAACAGGCAAAAGCUGAAAUGUGCAGACAGGGAAUUAUGGGAAGAGAACUGGAGUGUUUUUAGAGAAGUGCUUAAUGACGUCCGUUAGAGCGGAUUGGUCUUCAUGUACAGUAAAUCAAAUGAGGCUCAUCAUGUAAGAGCAAAGUCCGCACACACAGCGCGUUAUUAUAGAGAAGAGUUGACUUUGAAGGUUAAACACGGAUGGCUCAAGUGACUUGCUCAGGGUGACGCACAGUUCCAGCAGUCUUUUGGUUUUAAACUGACUGUCUUUCUCCUAGGAUUCUUGUACCUAAAAAUGUUUUUGGAGAGAAAAUGGUGACAAGUGGCUUCUCAUGAUACACCUACAGGUUUAGAAAGUGAAUGGAUGAAGAUAUUUACAGAUGCAGUUUCAUUUUGGAAUAAAUAAUAAAUAACAAAGCAGCUCAUGGUUGUUUAUAGUUAUAAAUGAUUUUGAUUUAAAGUUAAAACCAUUUGAAUUAAAUAUAAUGCAAACAGAUAACAAAGACGUUUUGUUGUCUUUUACGUUAGAGAUGAUGGUGUAGAGGUUUGUAAUGCAGGAUACACCUGUAUGCUUUUUUAAUGAUGGUUUGUUGAAAUCUGGCAUUGACUUGUAAACAUGAUUGUUAGAUAAUUGUAGUUUCUGUUUCAUGCACAUAGGUUUCUGUCUAAAUUCAGUUUUACUUUCCUGCACAAAAUGCUUCUCUUGGUUAGUCUCUAUGUUACACUACUCGGGACAAGAGGCUUCCCACGAUGUUCGUGUAAUUUCUGGGUACGACUCAAGAAUUCACUGUCUGCACAUUUGACUUUGAUUAGAAAGGAAACCUUUGGAUCUUAGCAGUGGCCUCCUUUGCACUUUUAAUUUCCAUUUGAUCCCAGUGCCCGAUUCUUGUGUACAUAACUUCUAUCCAUUGAUGCAGUAAGAUGCUAAUUCGAGUAUACGGGACUUUCUUUUGUAAUGCAUUUCUAUUUCUGGGCGAAAUUAUUUUUUAGAUUUAAAGUCAGAAGUAUUUGUGCAAGGGUGCAGAGAAGAGUGAAAGAAAGAAAAAAAAAACGAAUUUUAAACUUACAAAAGUUUAACGAGUUUUUGAGCUAUUUCUCCAUCACUGUGAGACACCCCCUCUAUACUUUUCAGUCUUUGGCCUUUCUGCGAGUGAAGUUGUCAUUCAGCUUGGCACUAUAAGUGGCAACAGAAUUAAGGGUUGUGUUCUGAGGAUGCUUAGCAGUUGAGGGGUCAGUUUUCAGUCCAGUGUGUGUGUUACUUUCCUCACUCUCUGAAAUGUUCCUGUUUGUUUUUGGUAUAGGCCAGAACCACUGACAAUCUGAAUGCAUUUGUGUGUUUUAUACAUAUAUAAAUAUGUAUAAUUACAUAUUAUGGAAGCUGAUAUGAUUGAAAAAGACUAUUAAAUUGUGUAUACUUAAAAUAUGACAUUAAGGUAUCUGAUUGAGCAUUGGACUGGUUACGCUAAAUUGAAUCAGAUACUUCAGUUUUUGUUUUUUUUUUCUUUUUUUAAAAUGUAUAAAUUCAUAGAGAUUUUGGUUUUAAUGUGAGAUUAUGUUGCUUAUUAGAUAACAUCACUGUGUUCUUAUUAUCUCUCUUUCUUUUGUACUCUGUAAGGUGCAGAUGAUUAUUUUUUUAAAUCCCUUUGAUUCUGUAUGAUGAAGCCGACUGUAGUGUGGCCUUGGUGUUAGAUAAUGGCACCAUUGUACACUGGAUUGGUGUUCUCAGACAAGCUAACAGAGGCUUUAUGAUUUCUGGUGGUUUACUUUUUGCAAGUCCAUUGUGGAUCUGACCUAAUUUGGACGUGGAAGAUGGAUCUGUAAAUACUGCUGGUUGCAGCUUUUAUUAAAGCAAUGGGAAAACUGGCACUGAACAAGCCUUUCAGCCAACAGUAUGGCAAAAUCUACUUUUUAAAGUGUGCAUGCACGGAACGCUAAUCUGACUGUAGGACAUUUGAAUUGGUGAAUGUUGGGAUUGUAGCCUUUUCAGGAACAACCACCCCCCUCAUUGGUUGAUCCGGUCUCCCGAGCCUGUGCACACUCGAAGCUUCAUGUAAGAAAGAUGAUAAUGGCUACUAAGCCUACUUUCUAGUAAAUCCAACUGACCUGCUUUGGUAAAAUAAUGUUAGUGUUUUCUAGAUAAUUCUUUACAGAGUUUGCAGCCCUGACCUAAACCAUACUGCAUAUCCAUCCAUCCAUUUUCCAACCCGCUGAAUCCGAACACAGGGUCACGCCAUACUGCACAAACCGGGAAUAAUUAAAACUGUUUUGUAAAACAUUUUUAAUACUUGUUUUCAGUCUUCAUGGUAAUUCUGAAAGCACAUUACUUAUUUCGGUUUUGAAAUAAUGGAAGAGGAUGCUCCCCAUGUCUCAUUUGGGUAAUAAUAAUCAGAUACUUGAGAUGAAGGUUGGUAGCCUAAGAGAACACCAGUAACGUGUAAAAGGGGAUUUAAAAAAUAAAUGUUCUGCUUCAGAGUCUGCAGGAGUCCGUUUUGGAACCAGAAGUGUGUCAGACUCCUGGCUGUAGUGCAGGAAAAGAGAGUGCAUUGAACACGGUAUAUACUAAUACAUAAGGAUAUCUAACUACAAUUAUGCUUAUUAAAAUAGUUUGAUUUUUGAAAAUGGUCAUGUAACUUCUUGAUACUAUAGGACUUUUAGACUUCUAUAAACAAUUUCAAGAUAUGAAUGAACUGUUAGGUCUUUCCCUCCACCUUCAGUGGGGUUAUUUACAUUUUAUGUACUAUUUAAUAAUGUAUAAAUAUCUAUGUAUAUAUGCCAUGUACAGCCACUGUCCCUGUAUAAACUAAGAAUGCCAACGUGAAUCAGUCUGUGCCAUUGCAUUUCCCAGCCUUUUACCCACUUAACUGAACUCUGGACCCUGAUGUGCCCAGUACUGCCACUGCCUGCUUCUGUGUUGUCGUGGUGUAUUUCAUUAUGCUAGACCGGUGGUACGGGCUCCACAAAAUCGAUUUUAAUUGGUAGUUGUGAUUAUGCUUGAUGCAUGGACUUACACAAUGGAGCCGUGAAAACGAGCGGUCCACAGUUCACAUUGUUUUCCUUUCUUCCCCCCUAAGCUUGCCGUUUUUGUGCUGCAGUUCAAAGGCAUGUGUAUUACCUUACAUGAGGACCCCCAAGGUGCAAGGUGGUCCUGUCAUAAAAAAAAUAUUUUCCAUUCAGGCAUAUUUUGGCUCAGAUGAUUUAUUUUCUGUCCCACUUCCUGAAUUUAAAAUAUUCAUGUAUUUGAUAAACAAGUAGAAAGAGCGCACGAGAGAUGAUCGUAGAUGAGCUGAUAUUAUAAGUAGCUUUGUUUUAAUGUGAUCAUACAGGGAAUUAUACAUAAAAGUAACCCAGUCACUCUAAGCAUCGUAACCCACAGAGGUGGUGGGUGCAAAAAUGCGUAAGAAAGCAUGCAUGUUAAUAGAUGAAACAAGAAAGCAACGUUGACUUGAAAAAGACACCUUUGUCACUUUCAGAACAGCCUGAGUCACUCAGCAGCAGCAGGAGGAGGAGGACAUUAGAAGGAUCAGUAAGUGCUGCACAAUUCCUGAGACCCGCUUACUGUGAGAGACCCCUGGGAUGCCUUGUAGGGCAGUUUUAAAUGCUGUCUUGAAUUGUGGCAGCGUGCUGAGUAGUUUUAAUAUACAAGUUCUUUCUACUUGGUACUCAUUAUUUGGCACAGCUGUUUUAUCUACGUAAAUAAAUACAGUUAUCUGUGGAUGCUGCAUUAUGAAGAAAAUCAAAUUUAAAAAAAUCCUCUCAGAUUUAUUAACACAAUUGAUUAUUUAUUCUGCUGACUAUGUUGGUUAUAUGCUCUUAGUAAUAACAUAUUUUGAUUACAGAUAACAUGGAUAUUGACCGUUUUUAUAUGUGCCACUUAUUUAUCUUCUGCACUGUCAUCCUUUAGUGCAGAUUUGGUAGCGUAGUGAAUUUGUGGUCAACGUUAAGGCCUUUAAAGGUCCAGACCUGUGCUCAGAUUCAUAUCCAGUCACUGUAUGAGUGAAUACUUUCUCCUUGUGUGUUUCUCCACAUUCUGUAGUCUUUGGUGACUAUAAAUAGGCUGAGAUAUAAAUGUGGGCGUUUGCAUGAAGGUCCUGCAUGGUGGGCUGCUGUCCCGUCCAGGACUGAUUACCAUCAGUGAGCCUGGAAUGGAAAGCAAUUCAGUAUAAUGGUGCUGGACAGGGCACCACUCUGUCACAGGGUCCACUCAUUCUAAUCCACACUCAGCUCAAGGCUGAUUUGGAAUUGCCAGUUUACCUAACCUACCUGUCUUUGGGAUGUGGCAUAAACUUGGCAGAAUGUGCAAGUUCCAUAUGGACAAUGACAAAGCAUGACGUUCAUGCCCAGAAAGCUGGAUCAGUGAGGUGACCGUGCCACCCACUGUGUCACUAAGCUAGAAUAUUGGAAUACUGCGUUUCAUCAAAUGGAUGAGUGACAGUGUUUUACAUGACGGCCAAUGUCAGAGUUUCAGUGGAGACGUGGAGCAGGCAUGUAGUUUUCUUAUACCCAGUCGAGAUGUGUAAAUAUCAAAGAGGUCUUCUCUAACUCAUUGAACUAAUUGUUGCAUUGAAAAACACCACUACAGUUAAAACCAUAUAAAGGCAUAUUCAACACUGAACGUCAUCUUGAUGGUGCCUCCCAUUUUAUGCAUGCACUUGAACUGUGAGCACCUCCUGCUCGUGGUACAAAGUGAAAAUAAUGUUGAAGAAUUUUCUUGGCAUUAGGGUCACUGCCACCCCAACUGACAGCUUGCAAGAUUUUGGUGCAGGUCCAAACGUCAUCAUUGAUACUUUUUAUUAACUUAUUUAUUUUGGUAAUGAAGACUGAUUUACUAUUUUCUUUGGCAACUGCAGUACUAACAGGCUCACAGUGGCUUUGGCUUUAAUACUUUGGGCAAACACUAUGAUACUGUUUUUCUUUUGUGUCCUGGUAUUAUGUCUGAGUGCAUAGAUACUUAUAUAAAAUGCUUAACUAUAUAACUGAUUCUAUAUUAUAUAAACACAUCAUAUCUCUAUACAUAAAACAUAUAUAGGAACUAGCAGUCUGCUGCUGUGUGGGCACAGAUUUCAGUUUAGAGUAACUGCUGCAAAGUGAAUCGAGUUUAAACAGAGGGCUCACUGGCAGACGGGCACCGCCGUCAAUGCGAUGCCUUGUUCUAGUCAGCAGCUGUGUUUCCCAGCAGUUGUUUGUAAUGGGUGGGGUGGGGGGGUUGUGGGGGUCUGGCGGAGAUGCAGUCCAGCAUUUUCAUUGGCCUGUUCUGCAUUUCUCACAGACAGAGGAGGGGUUGUUUUUACCCCAGACUUUGUCCCUUAGCAGUUAUUUUGUGCUGUGUGUGGGUCUCUGGGUGAGAAAAAAAAAAUGUGGCAAUUUUUUUAUUUAACUUAUAUAAAACACUUUUUUUGUAAGAAUGUGAAUUUGGACCAAUGAUGUAAUUAAUAAAGAGAUAUUGUUGGAAAAUAA